AUGAUAGAAGUCAUCUUGAACGACCGCCUAGGCCGCAAAAUUCGCGUCAAGUGCAACCCCGAUGACACCGUAGGAGACCUCAAGAAACUUGUGGCUGCGCAGUGUGGGACGCGUCCAGACAAGAUUAGGAUUCAGAAGUGGUACACAGUUUACAAAGAUCACAUAACUUUGGAAGACUACGAAAUCCACGACGGCAUGGGACUUGAGUUGUACUACAACUAA